AUGAUGUUGAAUUAUUCCAAUGAAAUACUCAAAAUACUCUUGAACUUGUCGGAAAGAAUAAACCUAAAGAGUUACUUUAAAGUCAAUAAUCAUGGAAUUAUUGAUUAAUAGGAAUUCGUUUUGGGUAUCACACUUCUAGAUAACAAAAUACCUCAAAAAGAAGCUGAAAAGUUUUAUUAUUCUACUUUAACUUAAUUCUCCUCGCCAACACUAACCUUAAAGAUAUUAUACUAAUUAUUGCUCUAACCCCACAAGAAAACUGCGGAAUCAAUCAAGCCUUAACAAAAAAAUAGAAGUUUAAAUGAAAUAUUUAUUCUGAUUGCUAAAAAUAUACAAUCCAAAGAGUAAGAUAUUGAAACAGUUUUUAAAGAUUUUGAUAAGGAUAAGGAUAAUGUUCUAAAUGAAAGAGAGUUUAAAACUUUUUUGGAAUAGUACUCCUUCCCAACGAUAUCUGAGUAUGAAUAUUCACUGUUUAAAAAUUAAUAUUCUCCCAUUUCGAUCACACUUUAGACUCUAAAAUCUUGGAUAAAAGAUAGUAAAUCAAUGGAAUAAAAUAAUUAUAAUAACCCAAAGUUAAUAGCAAGUUAAUAAUAAAAAAAUAUGAGAAGUCUAUCUCAUCGUUCUCCAUAAAAACAGAAAGAUAUUAGACCACUUUAUGUACAUUAGAGUCCUCAAAAAUAAUUGCUUAAUUAGACUCGAACAAAAAUCAAAGCAUAGGACUAUGAAUAGUAAAGGGAAUAAUUACAUUUACAAUAGCAACUACAAUUAUAAGCAUAAUAGAAAUAAUUGUAAUAAAAGUAGUAGUAAUAAUAAUAAUAACCACCUCAAUCCAGGAUUUCCGUACUUCCAGAAUAAAAUUAGUAUGAAGACCCAACUUAAGAAGCCAAAUUGAAUCUUGAAAUAAAUUUCGAGAGUUUUGUAAUUCCAAAUUGUAAAAUCGUAAAUAUUUAAACUUUUCUCUAAAUAUUUAAUAAGUCAAUUAGAACAAAUGAAUUUUUUACAGAUUUAGAAUUCCCAGCAAAUGCUUAGAGUUUAGGUUCAAAAUUAACAGAAUAUAAUUGGAAACGAUUAAGGGACAUUUGGCCUUCAUAUGAAAUUUUUGUUUAAAAUAAAACAUCAUCAAGAUUUGGCUUAGGAAAAUGGAUCAGUCCAAAAGAUAUUUUUCAAGGGUCUUUAGGAGAUUGUUAUUUUUUGUCCGUUGCUAGUUCGUUAGUCUCUAGAUGGCCUGACUUUUUGCUUAACUUGUUUAUAACUCAAAAAGCAAAUCCAUCUGGCAUAUUUUCAGUUAGACUUUGCAUCGAUGGUAUGUGGAAAGCCAUAAUACUUGAUGAUUAUAUUCCUGUCAAGGGAAAUGAACCUGCUUUUUCAUCAAGUAAAUAGGAAGAAAUCUGGGUUUUACUGUUGGAAAAAGCAUGGGCAAAAUCAUUUGGAUCAUAUUCAAAUAUAAUAUCUGGAGACCCUGGGGAAGUCAUUCGCAGUUUAACAGGCUGCCCAGCUGAGACAAUAAAAACUGAUUCACCCAAAUUUAAAGAACGAUUUAUUAAGCUUGUUAACAAUUAAUGUUUGAUGACAACAGGGACUAUUUCUAGUACUACUACUAAUUAAGAAAUUAUGGGCUUAAUCUAUGAUCAUGCUUAUUCCAUUUUGAAAUUACAAACUAUUCUUCAUCCAAUUAAAGGGGAAGUCACUUUAAUCAAAUUGAGAAAUCCUUGGGGCCAAAAAGUAUGGAGAGGUGAAUGGAGUGAUGAUAGUCCUUCAUGGACUGAAAAAUUAAAAAAGAAAUUAAGAAUUUAGCAAAGGUCUAAUGAUGGAGUUUUCUACAUGUCUUAUCAAGAUUUUAUUCGGUAUUUUAAUACAAUCGAUGUGGGAUAUUUUAAGAAAGAUUAUUUUAAUACUGCUCAAACCAUAGUUAAUAAAUCGAAUGAAUCUAUAUAUUUCAUAUUUAACAAUGAUACCCCAGGUGAAUACUAUUUCAUGGCUCAAUAAAAGUCCUUAAGACACUAUCAAGAUUAAGAAUCAAAUUAUAAGUAUUCGCCAAUUAGAAUGAUAGUUGCUUAAUAGAUUAAUUAAGGUUAUAUAUUUAAAAAAGCAAAGUAUGAGAAGGAGCAAUAAGUGUUUGUAGGGGAUUACUUUGAGUAAGGUCAAUACGUUUUAUAAGUGAAGGUGAAGUGGCAAUAUAUGAGUGAGGGUGAGUUUGUAAUUAGCGCUUAUGGACCGAAAGAAGUGAACCUUACACAGAUUGAUAAAGAUCAAUUUUUCAUGAAAAAAAUUCUUUUUUAUUUAGCAAAACGAAACCCUGAGAUCCAAAAAAGUGGAUUUUCAAAUCUUGAUAUCAUUUCUGAAUUCCAUGUAGAAUAUGGAAUUGGUUACGAAUAUUAUCAAAAUACUGGUAAUGAAAAUAUAGAAAUAAAAGGUAUAUUGUCAGUUAUGCAAGGAUUAAAAUUAAAAAAACCUGAGAGAGGAAAUUAAUAUUAAAUAACAUUAAAACCUUAAUCUAAUUAUCUAAUUGCUUACACUAUGGAAGCUGAUGGAUUUUAGAGAAAAAUAUAAAGAGAAUAUUUUGCAACCUAAAUUUGA